AAUCCCUUAAAAAGAAAUCACUAAUUGAUUGACUUUCGUUCAAUUCAUUUGAUUUAACGGCUUUUUUUCUAUUCUCUAAUUUACAUUUUCUAUUCUCUUUUUCAAUUCCAUCUUUUUGUUUUGUUCUUUUCUCUUUUGACCAAUUUGUGUUUGUUUUUGGAAUUAAUUUGGUUUCGUAUUUAAAGCCAAGAUGCCGAUCGCUCGACCUCAAUUUAAUAAAACUCUUCAACGUGUUAAGCUUCAAGCCGAAUUAGAUUCCGUCAUGGAUUUUACUCAUCAAAGUACAACCACUUCAGCUCGAGCUUUGAAAUUAAUUUCAACCCUUUUUGAUCGUACAAUUCAACAUUUAAAAAAUGAAACCAUGGAAGAAUUUUUCAAGAAACAACCUCAGGUUGGUAAAGAUCUCAACAGUUUGGUUGGCCUAAUCGAUGAACUAAAGAAAGGUUUGGAUGAUUUGAAAAAUCAGUCACCAACUCUGAAAGAAUUUUUGGAAACUGUCAAUAUCGAUGAUAUUGAGAAAAAUGCCUCGGAAUUUAUUGGAAAACUUGAGAAUUUAACUCUUAAUGACUCCAAGAUCCAUUCAAAUGGUAAUGGUGUUAAAGCCAAUGGAGAUUCCAAUGGUCAUGGUCACACCAAUGGUAAGGCCAAUGGUGUAUCUCACAAAAAUCUUGUGAUCGACCCGUUUAAAUAUGAACCUGAGCCUCCUAAGAUUCCCAAAGACAAAUCGAUAGAGUGUGACAUUGCCUACAUUCAUUCACCGUCCGACUUUUACGUUCACCCUUAUGGUGGUGUUGCCGCUUUCACCAUGAAUCUUCAACGUGAACAAGACAAAUUGAUUCAAAAAGGAAUUACCAGUCUUGAUACCAUUGAGGUGGGCAUGUUUUGUGCUGCCCGUUUCCAUGAAGAUUAUUACUGGUACAGGGCACGAAUAAUCGAUGUUAUCCACCCUAAAGGUAAUCCAAAUGCAGUCGAAAAGGUAAAAGUAUUUUACCUUGACUAUGGCAACACUUCGGAAGUUGAAUUGGAAAAUAUCAUGCCAAUGGCUGCAUCUGUGGCUAAUCAAAAGCUGAUGGCAGUAAAUUGUCACUUUGUCCACUACGAUCCUGUUAAUGGAUGGCCAGCCGAAGCUACCAAAGCCAUGAAGGAAAAAAUCAACAAUGAACCAGUGAAAGUUUAUUUCAACAAACCAUCACCUCGAAUCAGUGAUAAUGGUAAUUUCCUUUAUUUCCCAGUUGAUCUCUACCUUAUGAAUGAUACUAAAGUAUUCGAUGCUAUCAGGAAAUUCACUCAAGCCUAAGCUCAUGGACCUACAUUUUCAUUAAUCUCAACCAACAAUCUAUUUACUCAUACAUAACCAAACUUAAAAACGUUGUAAAACUUAACAAUACAAUAUCAUAUUCACUCCCAGUUCCCCAAUCCGUUUUUCUAUAACUUUUUUGUUCCCAUUUCUUAUCAUCAAACUAACAUGAUUUAAAAUUAAAUUACAUCCGUUUCAAGCAUAAACAACCAAA